CAGAAGCUGGGCGUCCCUUCGAUACUUGGAGGUCUUCUGUGAACAGCAGCAGUAGCUCACUGGAUGUCCCAAGGCGGCUACCUCCUGGUUCUCAGCAUCUAUCGCACAAGCCUAGCGUAGACCAAUUCGAUGCCUUGAUGGAAGACCUUAUGCAGGAGAUUAAAGUCCGACCGACUGUGUCUCGUAAACCUGUACUCCCACCACGCCCACAAGUGUCUGAAACUUCUCAGACAGAAUAUAUCAGGGUUAUUACUCCUCAGCCUCCAGUCACUGUUGCAGAUGAAGACCAAAACACGGAUGCCCUGCCUAUGACACAGCCUAGUAAUGAUGACAGAGUUCUAUGUGUUGCAGAUGACAGGAACCUUACAGCUACUAAGUUGACUCCAAAUCAGGUGCAGCCAUCCAAGGUUGAACGCCGAUCUGCGUCUACGCAAACAUCGGUGUUUCUUACUCCUGAGCAACUACAACAGCUACAACUACAGUUAUUACAGCAACAGCAACAACAACAACAACAAAUGAAAACAGCCGUUCGUCAGUCGCUCGAUGCGGAUUCGUCACCAACACUUACACUUACCUCACAGCCAAAGACAUUGGCUGUACCUCGAAGUGCUGAGGACGGCCGUCGAUCACCAUCUCCUAGACCAGCCCCCCGCCCAGCUCCUCGUCCGGCCCAUACUCUUACCACAGGCUCCACUUCUCGUCAGACUCAGACCUUGACCAAACCUGAACCUACUCACAAAACGGCGAUACACCAAACAGACGCUGUGGAACGCUCGACCUCUCCUAUCCCUUCUCGCUCUACUAUUAAAGCCACUCGCUCUCAUUCGGGCACCUCCAUUCAAACUAAAGCUGAGCUGACUAAGAGCUCUGUUACUUCCACAACACCUCUACCACUCCAACCCAGACCUAUCCGUGCUGCAGCAACUGAUACUGCAGCGGAUAAAAGUCCCAAGGUCGGUUCAGUGACGCCUCCACCACUGAACCAAGACCCCCCGUCGGGAAGAUGGCCUGGUUAUCACGCCCACUGGUUCGGAAACAAAUUCCCCAUUGCAUUCGCCAGUGGGUUCACCAGUGAUGACAAAUCCGCCUCCAUUGAAGCCUCGACUGCUGCUGUUGCUCGUCGAUCGGAUAGUGCGCUAACUAACCCUACAUCUCCACCUGUACUCAAACAACGACCUACUCGCCGCGCGGAUAUGGAAAAUAUUCCAGGCAACGAUGAAAAUAACAGGGAUAAUAGCAAUUCGUCUCACGAGAUCGUCCAAUGCAGAGUGGGUCGCCGCCUAGCUGAAUAUGAUGAUGAAGUCAAGAACAACCGAUUGAGAACCUCAGCUCCAUCUUCAUCUUCGUCUCCAUCUCCGUCUCCGUCUCCAGCUCCGCCUUCGUAUAGGUCUUAUCGACGGACAGAGAAUGAGACUGCUAGCGGUGAUAGUCAGCCACAGAGCCCCGCUGCUUCUAGACCUGCUUAUCGUAGCCAUGAUAGCAUCCAAACGUCGCCUCUGCCUUUGUUGGAUACCUCAAAGAACAGCCGCCAAUCAGAAGAUGGUCGAAAUCCCUCUCCACCAGCACCUGAACAGCCAAAUAUGGCGCGCCGGUCAACUGACCGCUGGCAUCUUCGCCUAUUCCGAAGGAGUAACAACAAAGAGAAGGAACAAAAAGAAAAUGAUUUUAGCAAAGUACAAGAGGAGGGAGAUGAAGAUCAGACACAGGAACUAGAGAAAGGGAAUGAAAAAGAAUAUCAGGAGAUGAAACAAAAGCAACAGAAGCAGCGCGCUGAGCGAAGAGGAUUCAUUAGCGGGAGAAUUAAGUCGUCAGAGCGAAGUAAUGGUACUGAGCGUGAUGAUUCAGUUGAUGACUAUCAUUCACGUGAUGAAGGUGUUUCUGAAGACAGUCCUAGCAAUGAGAGGUUUAGGAGAAGCAAUAACGCCAGCGAUAGUAACAACAGCAGCAACAAUGGCAGUAAUAAUCGCAUUAAUAGGAAUAGCAGCAACGACAAUAUCAACUCCAGAGGAAGAGAAAGCAGUAGUGGAAAUAACAACCGCAACAACAAGAAUAGCACUAAUGACAAUAGUAGCCACAGUAACAGGGCUAGCAAUCAUGACAACAAUAACCAUAGCGGCAGAAACAGUAACAAAAGUUGUAAUAGCGGUGUUGAGGAGGACAAUUAUGAUCAUAACUUUGACCAAAGUUACGAACAAGUGACUAUUCGAGACUGCAAUCGUUCCUCAUCCUCGAAUCGGCUGUCGGAUUCAUCAAGAGCUCUUAGUACACAUAGCCGGUCGACCAAUGGACGCAAUGGUCCGACACUGGAGCGUUGUGCGGACUGUGAUGAAGAUAUUCUACCUUCCGAGAUGGCGGAUUCAAUCAAAAUGGCGUUCAGUAGCUAUCAUGGGGAGUGCCUCAAAUGCGCCCAAUGUCGCAUGCCGAUUGAAUCAUCUUUGGAUUGUCAUGAAUAUGAAGGACGUAUCUUCUGUGAGCGUGAUUUUGCAAAGUUAUUGCAACAGGAAGUCUUACGACCUCAACGCCUUCGAAUCUGCGCAGGAUGUGAAGGGCCUAUUCAGCAAACCGAACGGACUGUCUUCGCACUGGACAAACCCUGGCAUGAGCAUCAUUUGUGUUGCUACCACUGUUUGAAGCCACUCCGAGUAUCCCAUGUGGAAAAGAAUGGGCGAGUCUAUUGUCCCAAGGACUAUGGUGAACUGUUCUUGCCUAAAUGCAAUGCUUGUGGACUGAGGAUCGAAAGUCAGGCAGUCUCUGCACAGGAUGGUAAGCUGAGGGCAAAUGGCAUGCUAAUUGCUUCAGAUGUCAGACGUGCAAGAGACCAUUCCCAGAUAAGAAUUUUAUGUCUUUGAUAAGCAACCCUAUUGUAAGCGCCAUUACCAUCGGCUGAAUAACUCGAUGUGCAUGAGAUGCGAUGAGCCUAUUGAAGGAGCUUGUGCUCAGACCUUGGAGGUAAAGACUUUUUUAGAG